ACACAUAACAAACAAGUUUGUCGUUAAGAGAAAAGUAAUCUGCUUCGUCUCUAACUUCUUCAAGACCAAGCAAGAAAUAUUAUUGAAAAACAUAUCACAACUUAAAAAAGACCAGCUAUCAAGAUUGAACCUAUCAAUAAAGAUUGAAUUUCCGCUCGCGCAAAAUAGACAGAACUACAUUAUCAGGAAACGCCCUGCCCAAGGUUUAUAGAAAUGAAGAAAUUUAGCGUUUACUUUUUAUUUUUUGUAUUUUUUUAUAUUGCGCGUGAAGUGAAUUGUGGAUGGGCUUUUAAACGAUCUACGUCCUCUGGAAGUCACCGCAAAACAAAACAUUGUAUCGUCACAGCCUGGUCAUCUUGGACAACAUGUAAGCCAUUUUGUUCCAACUAUGGACAGCAAGUACGUACACGCAAGAUACAAGUGACUGGACACAAGUGUCCGAAAUUAAAAGAAAUGCGACAAUGCAAAGGACCUAAGUGUGGAGCCAAUUCGGAAUGCAGUUCAGUUGAUGGGAAAUGUCGCUGUAAUAUUGGAUACAAGAUGCAAGAAGUUACACUAAAAUGGCCUGACGAUUAUAAAUUCUCGACAAGCAUUUCGAAUCCUGGCUAUAAAUGUCAAAAGAUUUGUCAAUCCAAAUCUGGAAAGUACGAUAAAUCUCCUCAGACCGUUCAUAUAUGUCAUCGCGAUAGGGGGAUCGACCCCCACAUUCAUAUCAAGCACAACAAAAAAGACAAGAAACAGCUGUGUGAAGAAGUGCAGGAGAAAGAGGAGUGGGGCGAUUGUUACUCCAAGUCCUAUGUUUGCACACACAAAGAUUCCGCUUUUGAUUUCGAAUGGUAUUACAGAUACAAGAGCAGUCUGAACAAGGGAAGAUGUAUUGGAUUCGAGAAUACAUCCUUAUCAAAAUACUCCUAUUGGAAAGACAAUGCUUUAUGCAAUAGCCCGACAACUAUUACAGAGCGAAGUUGUAAAGAGAUCAACGAAUGCUUGCCAAAUCCGUGCAAAAAUUCAGCUACAUGUGUUGACAAGUUGGCCGAUUUCGACUGCAUAUGUCAGUCAGGAUGGCAAGGCAAAACCUGUGAUAUUAGCAUCGAUGACUGUUUGUCAUCACCAUGUAAAAACCAAGCAACAUGCAUUGACAAGCACAAUGACUAUGAAUGCCGAUGUCAACCAGGCUGGACAGGCAAAAACUGCCACAUCAACAUUGACGAAUGCAGCGGUUCUCCUUGUUUAAAUGGUGCGACAUGUAUGGACAAAAUAAAUGAUUUCUCCUGUAAAUGUCAACCUGGUUAUACUGGAAAGCUUUGUGAAACAGACAUUGACGAAUGUAAGCCAAGUCCAUGUCAAAAUAAAGCACCUUGUACAGACCUAGUGAAUGGAUUCAAGUGUGCUUGCCUACCGGGUUUCACUGGACAAACAUGUGAUGUCAACAUCAACGAGUGCAACAGUUCUCCUUGUUUAAAUGGUGCAACAUGUAUGGACAAAAUAAAUGAUUUCUCCUGUAAAUGUCAACCUGGUUAUACUGGAAAGCUUUGUGAAACAGACAUUGACGAAUGUAAGCCAAGUCCAUGUCAAAAUAAAGCACCUUGUACAGACCUAGUGAAUGGAUUCAAGUGUGCUUGCCUACCGGGUUUCACUGGACAAACAUGUGAUGUCAACAUCAACGAGUGCAACAGUUCUCCUUGUUUAAAUGGUGCGACAUGUAUGGACAAAAUAAAUGAUUUCUCCUGUAAAUGUCAACCUGGUUAUACUGGAAAGCUUUGUGAAAUAGACAUUGACGAAUGUAAGCCAAGUCCAUGUCAAAAUAAAGCACCUUGUACAGACCUAGUGAAUGGAUUCAAGUGUGCUUGCCUACCGGGUUUCACUGGACAAACAUGUGAUGUCAACAUCAACGAGUGCAACAGUUCUCCUUGUUUAAAUGGUGCGACAUGUAUGGACAAAAUAAAUGAUUUCUCCUGUAAAUGUCAACCUGGUUAUACUGGAAAGCUUUGUGAAACAGACAUUGACGAAUGUAAGCCAAGUCCAUGUCAAAAUAAAGCACCUUGUACAGACCUAGUGAAUGGAUUCAAGUGUGCUUGCCUACCGGGUUUCACUGGACAAACAUGUGAUGUCAACAUCAACGAGUGCAACAGUUCUCCUUGUUUAAAUGGUGCAACAUGUAUGGACAAAAUAAAUGAUUUCUCCUGCAAAUGUCAACCUGGUUAUACUGGAAAGCUUUGUGAAAUAGACAUUGACGAAUGUAAGCCAAGUCCAUGUCAAAAUAAAGCACCUUGUACAGACCUAGUGAAUGGAUUCAAGUGUGCUUGCCUACCGGGUUUCACUGGACAAACAUGUGAUGUCAACAUCAACGAGUGCAACAGUUCUCCUUGUUUAAAUGGUGCGACAUGUAUCGACAAAAUAAAUGAUUUUGCAUGCAUGUGUCAUCCUGGAUUUACUGGUGCUCUAUGCGACACAAGCAUAAAUGAUUGUGCGUCAUCACCAUGUAAAAACAAAGGGCUGUGCACUGAUCUUGUACACGGGUUUAUAUGCACUUGCAUACCUGGUUAUACAGGAGUAACAUGCGAUGUAAGGAUUAAUAAAUGUUUGAGUUCACCAUGCAAAAACGGAGACUGUGAAGAGUUACUUAACGAUUUCCAAUGCACCUGCAGGACUGGUUGGACAGGGAGACAUUGCGACAAAAUUAUCGACCAUUGUUCACCAUUUCCAUGUUCUGAACACUCAAUUUGCAUUUCUUCAUCUGCCGGAUUCAGGUGCAAAUGUGAUCCUGGGUAUGAAGGAAAACUUUGUAAGGUAAAGAUCAAUAAAUGUUUGAGUUCACCAUGCAAAAACGGAGACUGUGUAGAUUUACUUAACGAUUUUAAAUGCACGUGCAGAUCAGGUUGGACAGGGAGACAUUGUGAAAAAAUUAUCAAUCAUUGCUCGCCAUUUCCAUGUUCAGAACACUCAAUUUGCAUUUCUUCAUCUGUUGGUUUCAGGUGCAAAUGCGAUCCUGGUUACGAAGGAAAACUUUGUGAGAUAAAUAUUGACGAUUGCUCAAGUAAUCCCUGCACAAAUGGUGGCAAAUGUCAAGACUUAGCAAAUGACUUCAAAUGCACAUGUCAAAAUGGUUGGACAGGAAAACAAUGCGACAAACGUAUUGACUACUGCUCGCCAUUCCCAUGCUCUGAACAUGCAAUUUGCGUGCAAUCUUCUAUUGGUUUCAGAUGCAAAUGUGAUCCAGGAUUUGGAGGAAGACUUUGUGACGUAAACAUAGAUGACUGUCUUGGUGUGAGCUGUGGUCAUGGUUACUGUAUGGAUUCAAUUAAUUCAUAUAAAUGUGUAUGUCAGGCUGGUUUUACUGGAGCUCAUUGUCACACUGACAUUAAUGACUGUGAAGUAAACCCAUGUCAAAAUGGUGGUACAUGCCAUGAUAUGACUGGUGAAUACCACUGCUCAUGCACAAAUCAAUAUGAAGGGAAGCAUUGUGAAAUCAAAUCGAACGGACAUGGAAGUGGCAAUAGAAAGUUCAAAGGCAAUAACGGAUUUAAAAGCAAAGGAAAAGGCAGACACACACCUUAAGAAACUUAUAUAUCUGGUAUAUGUAACAUGAAAAAUGUUGCUGUUGACGUUAAAUAAAACAUAUGGUUUACUUCUUA